GUCAUACGCGUGCGGCUGUCAGGUGUGGUGAAGUGUAGGGCGUUUACGUAGGCAGAGUGCACACUCCAUUUCUGCGUCUAGAGGAGAACAGCGCGGAGCUGCUCUAUGCGUUGGUAGCGCUGCAGAACAACUUUGGCAUCAAGCACUUCGAAGAGAUGCGGACGAAGGCAGUGGUUGCGCUCGUCGUAGCCGCGCCUCGUAUUACUGCUCCCCUGCUUGCCGAGCAGUACUUCAACCAUCAAUACUCGUUGGCGCAAAGGAGCUGCAUGCUGAUUGCCUUGGCUACGGCCGUUCGGGAACUCGCAGGCUUGCCAGCGCUGCACAGCCUUGAAGCGGCCAACGAGAGCCUGAUCGGCACGGCCAUAGAUCGCGCAAAGACGGAAGGAGAAGCUCGAGUGCCGGAAAUCCAGCGCGAAAAGGCCCUGCAGGUCAACUCUACUUCGAGGAGCUCGCGCUCUGAAUUGUCCGUGUCGCGAGAGGAGAGAAGCUCGCAACACGCAAGCUCAGUGGACAAUUUGGCGAAGAGGUAUCCUUCCACCUUGCCAGGUGCGAUGCUUGCUCCUCUCACUCGAUACUUGGACGUAGCAGUAGUGUAUUUUCUGCGGCCUCUCAUUCAGCGACACUGGAUCGCCUUGGACGAGCUAUCGCGCUCAGCAAGCUCCAAUUCUCGCCAGAGCACUGCAAAUUCCAUCUUACGCCCCCGCAUGAGUACGCACGGAGGUGGCUCGACUAUCGCAAGCAGAAGGGCAGGGACGGGUCAAGUGCUGAGCCCGAGCAUGGUGUCGCGUUACUUGGACUGCCUUGCCAUUCUAGCGCACGCCGCCCGACAUGCCGUUGGUUUCGCUCGUACCCUGGUCCCCCAGCUUUUUGAACUCGUCCUCGCUACCAAUACGCGCAUGCUAUGCUUCUCGGACUUGGAGCUGAACGACAAGGACGAAGCAAAUGAGCAGCAUGAAGCCGGAGCGCCGGACACGAGCAAGUUGAAUGGUUCGCGUCGACAUCUUACGGAUGCCCGAGAGGCUAUCAGCGCUUCUUCCGCCAGCUUGAUUCUAGUGCUACUGGAUGCGUGCUGGGAGAUGGACGGGGGACUCGCACUGAUGGAUGAGCUUUCAAGAAGCACCACCUCUUCUCAAGCUGGCAUUUCUUCCGCCAUCUUUGCGGACAUCAUCGCUUGGACCGAGGCCUUGUUUGAGACAGAGGAUGCUAAAGGUAGACGGGCGGCGUCGUUUGGAAGGAGCGGACGAUGCGCUGCUGCGAUACUUGUGCGAGUGCACGAGAUCAGGUCUCACCUCGGUCAGAGAAUGUAGUCAGUCCACUUCAUCCUUCUCAUCCUGCGUGCGGCC